AUGUGCGCUACUGAGUUGUUGCUGUCAAUGAAGGACUCAGUAAGCAAAGAAGAUAAUGCGAAAUCCAAAGCUCAGCUUAAAGCUGAAAGGAGAGCUAUUCAAGAAGCUCAGAGAGCUGCGAAAGCUGCUUCCAAAGGUACAGACAAGCCAAAAGUCACUCAAACACUAAAUACCGUUCCUAGUAGUCUAAGUAGUAUGACAAUAAAUGCACCAAGUACUCGACCGAAUCAGGAUACAGGUACGAAUGAACAAAAGACCAUUCCCUUUAAGGAUCAGAAAGCAUGUACAGAUGUAGUUGAAAGUCAAAAUAACCGCCUCGAUUUUUCAAGCCUCAAAAUUGCCGAACUUCCGAGGUCCAGAAUACAAGAGUCCUGUCGCGUUCACCUCUUCAAGCAUCUUGAUCAACCAGACAAACGAGUAAAUGUUAUCAGUUGUCUUGGUUUAGGGACGCGUUCCUCCAUCCACCCUUCGUUCCUCACUCUGGGUGUCAAUUUUGACGAAGAUCGAAUAUGGGGCUCCAAUGAGAAAUGUUUAGCGUUUUUGUCAUCAUGUGAAGAACUCAUACGUUCAUUCAUUCCGAAGUCAUCCAUCGAAGGAAUAAAUAGUCACACUGGAGCAAAUGAUGCUCUGUUUUGUCGGAGUUUCGGACCAGUUUUGCAAGCUCAUGUAAACUUUCUUCAGCUUUGUCGUCCAUUAUCUGUUACGAUAUAUAAUGCAUAUCAAUAUCUGAAGCAGACGCUUACUCGCCUAGAUUCCGUGGAAGAUUGGGAUGAGUGUAGAGACAGCUUUUUAUCAGCCAUUGUCGAAUUUAGGCGUGGUUCAAUUUAUUUGGCAGGAGAUGAGAUUGUAGAUCGCACAGUUAAUUUGAUUCGUCCUGGUGAAUGUGUCUGUAUAUUUGGAUAUUCAUCCUUGGUAGCCCGUGUGCUGGAACGUGCAUGGAAAUCUCCAUGCAACACAUCCGUCAAUCAAGUUGAUGCAAAUGUUGAUUUUUUAGCGAGCAAAAUGAAAACAUGUUUUGUAAACACUAAAUCGGAUCCAUCAAAUAAAAAUACAAACAGAGUGUUUAGUGUUUUGGUUGUUGACUCUCGACCGAAAUUUGAAGGUAGACAAAUGCUAACCAGAUUGUUAAAAGCAGGAAUACCAUGUGAAUAUACACAUAUCGGUGCAUUGCCAAGUGUCGCAAAUAAGAUAUCUUUAGUUAUUCUGGGCGCCCAUGCUCUUCUUAGCAACGGGUACGUAUUAGGUCGUAUGGGAACCGCUCAAGUAGCCAACAUUGCAGCCUCUAUUUCUCAUGCUCCAACAAUAGUAUGCGCUGAAACUUACAAAUUUUGGGAGCGCGCCCAUUCUGAUGCAUUCGAAUAUAACGAACUUGGGGAUCCUGACGACAUUUGGCGAGGUCCACGAGGUACAUCACCAGAUUAUAAAAAGGGCAUUCCUGGUUUCGGUCCAACUGGACUUCCAGAUAGGAUUGAAUCAACUACAACUGAUUUGAGUGAAUGGCGUUCAAAUACUAGUCUUAGACUGUUACAUUUAGAAUAUGAUGUAUUACCGCCCACAUUGGUUACAGCUGUAGUGACUGAAAAGGGCACCUUACCUACAACCUCUGUUCCUGUAGUCCUGCGAGUAAAACAAGCUUCUGUAACCAAUGUGUAA